AUGGAGAAAGCGUUGCGCAUCGCUGAAAGCGACGGCCGCAAUGCGGCGCAGAAUGCCGUGCAGCGUGGGGGCUCUUGGCUUCACGAGUUCAGCAGCUCCCUUCUGGGCGCUGGCCAAUUGCGGGUGCUGUCCACGCUGAGCCGGCGGCUGGCCGAGAUGGCGCUGCUGGAGAUCCUUCUGCAGGCAGUGGCGACCUCUGAGUCGGCCACACCACAGCCUCCUUCCAUCGAAUCUAUCCCCAUCGACAGCCCCAGCGAGGAUGGAGAUGAUUUGCCACAGCUCUUUACUCCCCGCUCACGGUCUAGCGGAAGUGAGCGCCACAGUGAUCAUGACAAUACCUUGGAGGAACUGGCGUCCCCAAUCGCCUCGGCCCAGGAGGAAUCAGAGCACAACAGCAAUCCCGGAAGCUUCAGCGAACAUGGUAGUGAUGAUGCAAUGGAGUAUCCUGCGCACUUCUCUAGCCCUGCCUCGCCAUUCUUCCCCUCAACGCCAUUUUUCCCCUCAAGUCCUGCUACUCCAACCAGGGGCCUGGACUCGGACUCGGACAGGAGAGCUUUGCAUUGGCUUUUGCAUCGUUCGCAGCCUGAGAGGCAUUUGGGCGUGCUCAACCGUGAGCCACUAAUGUCCUCGGCACAUCACUUGGGUGAGCAUUUGACGGACCCAUUCGGGCAAGGCUCCCACCGCCAUGCCAUGCUACCACAUGCCAAAGUCGCCGAUGAGUAUUCCAGCUGGGGGCCGUUGAAAUGUGCUCUUUCUACAUUGCCGGCUCUGUUGAGCAAACACAGCGCAGCGGCUCACAAGGCAAUCGCAGCAGCAACGCAUCUUCUGAACCACUCCUGUGUGCGCAUUUCGGGGGAAUAUGACUUCUCAUCAACACGCAAAGACCUAUGUGUGGAGGUUGACAAGUUUCCGAUUGUGCUGGCUGCUCUAGGUAUGCUAAAGCAGAUGGCAGAUCCUGGCGAUGAGCAGGUGGUCGCAGCCAUUCUUCAGCUACUGGAAAUGCACGACCCAGCACAUUGGUGUGUAGUGCGUGUGGUCAUCCUUGAGGGCAAGUACAAGCACACGCUGAACUACGAGGGCGUGCGCCGCGCUGCUGUGCAGGCAUUGGCCGUCUUGGCAACUCCAGGCGAUGCAAAGGUCAUUGACAAUCUCAAAGCCAUAGUCAAGGACGAAUGCCAGAGCUACGAGGUGCAGAGCUUGGCGCUGCGCUCACUGCUGGCGCUGACGCCGCCCGCGUGGGCGCUGCUUUCGGAGCUGCUCCAAUGCGGCGGCCAGGUGCGCAGCGACGUCAUCGCCAGCCUCGCGGCCCUCGACGCGUCGAACGAAUCGAACGACGCCGCUGAGGUCACAAAGUUUCUGGGCUCUGAGAUUUGCAGCCGCUCGCGACCUGGCUCAGCCAGGAGGGCUCUUGAGGUGCUGCAGCGUUUUGUGGUCAAAGGCCACGCAGAGAUCGCAGUGAAGGCAUUGGUGGAACGGCUUGGCUGCAAGUGGUCCAGCAGCGAUGAGAUGGUAGACUCGCUGCUGCAAACUUUGGGGAUGAUUGCCAGCACUGGCCGCGAUGCGGCAGUCUUGGUGAAGCAGUCUUUCUGCGAGUUGCGACCCAUGCUUUUCUGGUGUCCUGCUUUGGACGGGGAGCGCUACUUUUGCUGUCAAUGCUUUGGACAGGGAUGCCAGGGCUAUGUCCUGGCAGGGCACUGCAAAGGUUGCUACAGGUGUCAGCUACCUGGACGGCGCCAUGGCUGCUACAGGUGCGAUGGAAUGACAAGUGACUGGGAAUCCUCUGUGCAGUGGCGGCAUCCAGACAACUGCGCUGGCUGCUGCUUCGAGGCACUGACUAGCCUGCUGCUGACCCGAAAUGCGCGGGUUGCGCUGGAGGCAGCAAGGCUGCUGAAGACCCUCCUAGCUGUGCCCGAGGCCAAAGAGGCGCCUGGGGCUCUCAAUUUGGAGGCUCGCCCUGUGCCUGGGUUGCCAAAGCUACGUCGCAGGAUCCAAGCACUGCUUCAGGAUUUGGGUGCCUGGCAAGGCGGAGGCGAAGCAAAGCUUUGCAACUUUACCUUCUGCUCCUGUCAGUGCGAGGCAGGUGAUCCAGCAAGGAAUUGUCAGGAUGUUCAGGGCCUUAUGCAGGUUCUGGACGAGGUUGUCCAAACUCUUCCAUGA